GACCCCUCGCUGUUCCAGACAGCCUGGGAUUCACCCUGGAGCGCGGCGUUCCUGGCACAGGGUUGGGGGGACCUGGACCCCCAGCUAACCCAGCAGCUGCUGGAAUCCAGACAGACUGCCCUGAAACACGGCCCUCUGCUGCCCCCUAGAGCCGAGAAUGCGGCACCGCCUGGCCCUCCUCACAGCCAGGUGGCCCCUCCGACGUGGAAGACGGCUGUGCCCCUGGAAGGCGCUGCAUGGUGCCGCUCGUCCACUCGGGCCGCGGGCCCAGGGGAGGCCCCGGCUGAGCGCCCCGCCGUCCUGCAGGGCGACGUGCUCACCACCAGGUACCAGGUGGACCUCGGGGACGACUUCAAGGCCAUGUACGUGAACCUCACGCUGAGCGGGGAGCCCAUCCGGCACCGCUACGACAGCCCGGGCGUCUACCGCGUGUCUGUCAGGGCGGAGAACGCGGCCGGCCACGACGAGGCCGUGCUCUUUGUCCAGGUCAACUCCCCGCUGCAGGCCCUCUACCUGGAGGUGGUCCCUGUCACUGGCGUCAACCAGGAGGUGAACCUCACGGCCGUGCUGCUGCCCCCGAACCCCAACCUCACUGUCUUCUACUGGUGGAUCGCCCAGAGCCUGCAGCCCCUGAUCUCCCUGGAGAACCGGGUGGCCACGCGCUUCGCAGAGGCGGGGGAGGUGCGUGUGACGGUGCAGGCCGCGUGCGGGAGCUCCGUGCUGCAGGACUCCAGGGUCGUCCGCGUGCUGGAUCAGUUCCAGGUGGUGUCCCUGCAGUUCUCCCAGGACCUGGACAGCUACAACCCCAACACCCCCGAGUGGCGGGAGGACGUGGGCCUGGUGGUCACCCGGAUGCUCUCCAAGGAGACCAGCAUCCCCGAGGAGCUGCUGCUGACCGUGGUGAAGCCCGGGCUGCCCACCCUGGCCGACCUGUACGUGCUGCUGCCCCCUCCCCGGCCCACGAGGAAGAGAAGCCUCUCCAGUGACAAGAGAGUCGCAGCCAUCCAGCAGGUGCUCGGUGCUCACAAGAUCAGCUUCCCCGUGCGAGGCGGGCUGCGGGUCCUGGUGGCCCUGCGGGAGACAGACUCAGGUCCCCAGCGGCUGGGCGGCGGCGGCUACUGGGCGGCGGCGGUGCUCUUCGUGGUCGGGCUGCUGGCGGUGGUGGUGUUCAUCCUCUACAAGUUCAAAAGGAAACGCCCGGGCAGAACCGUGUACGCCCAGAUGCACAACGAGAAGGAGCAGGAGAUGACCAGUCCCGUGAGCCACAGUGAGGACACGCAGGGGACCGUCCAGGGCAACCACUCAGGCGUGGUCCUGAGCAUCAACUCUCGGGAGAUGCACAGCUACCUGGUCAGCUGAUGCCCGGACCACUGUCUCCCCGCGGAGGACGAAGGAGCCCAGGUGCGGCUGGGAGGCCCCGCCGAGCCCUCGAGAAGGCCGCCUCCUCCCGCCGUGCCCGCCCAGGGAGCGGACACUCCCUCCGUCAGCCCCAGCCGCUCCUGACUGCCCACCCGGACCAGGCCCAUGGUGCCACUGAUGUCCCGUCCCUGCCUCUGGCCCUGGACCCCGCUCACGCUGCCCUGCUGCCCAGCUGAGGCCUGACUUCUCCCAGCCGAGGCCACUCUGUCCGGAGCGUGGGGUGAGGCUGCCGGGCUGGCCAGGCCCUAGGUCCGCAGCCUCUGCCCUGUGGCUCCUGUUCUUGCCAGGGGCUUCCCAGAGUCCCGUAAGCCAGACCCACCCAACGCCACCCUCCGGUGCCCUCCAGUGCUCCUCUUCCUGUUAAACUGCAGAUCCUGUAAAUACCUCUCCAGGUAGCCCUUUGCAUUCGGGGCACGUUUAACUGUUAAGCUAAGCGGCAGUCACUGGCUCUCAAAACCCCCUUUCUGUACCACUGGAGCUCCUCUAGUUUUCCCCAGGUAGUGUGGUGGGCAAAGGAGCCCUGUUCCUGCAGUUCCGCAGGCUGCCAGUAGGAGGCGCCCUCAGCCCCUCCAGGACGGCUCCCAGCCUGACAGGCUCUGGAAGGUUUCCUGCCAGCUUUGGGGCCCGCAUAGAGCGGAGCCAGGGACGCAUGGAUGGGCAGAGCUGUGCGACUCCUCACGGUGAACCGGGGC